AUGCAGCUGGUGGUACCCACACUUCGAAAUUUUGGGCCUCACAGCAACCACUCCUGCGCAAAUCGUGUGAGUUCGUUUAGAAGACCGGAGAGAAAGCCUCCGGGACGGACUAGUCAGAGAUGCAGUGUUGUUGAGGACAGGCCAGCGACAGAUGGAGGGGUGCAGGUCGAUGCGGACGGGGCAGGCGCUGCAAGAAGUGAAGAGUCGCAAGCCCCGCCUUCGCCUGAGUCGUCCGUCUUAGCGAGUCUGGGCCUAGUUCUGCGUGACCGUCUGAACAUUGACGACCUGUGGUGGGAGAUCCUCGUUGUGGCCUUCCCUGCACUGCUAGCUCUUGCAGCAGACCCAGUCGCAUCGCUUUUCGAAACCUCGCUCCUUGGAAAUCUAGGCCCCGCCCAGCUGGCCGCCGCCGGAGUGUCAAUCAACGUGUUCAACACCCUGUGCAAGCUGUUCAACUUCCCCCUCCUGAACGUGACCACGUCGUUCGUCGCCGAAGCUGAGACGCAGAGGCAACUAGAGCGGGAGCAAUUCCUCACAGCCCUGCAAACCGCUCAAGCCGAGCGCUCCAAGGACGAAGCUUCGGUUGCUUCUCAGACACAUCAGCAGAAUGGACUCCCGGCUGAAGAGUUGCAAUCUGGCCAGCAAGCUUCUUCGUCCAACAAUCAGCACAGCGAGAACAGUAUCCGGAAACGACUUCGGACGGUUGGUGAAUCGGGGCAGGAUUCGGACGCAGAGAAGCGUGCGUAUGAUUGGGGCGAUGAAGCGGUGUCCGAAGGGGACCUCCGCGAACGGCGGGAAAGCGGUGCGGUCGCCUCUUCCAGCGGCGCAAGUUCGGACAGUCGCGGUCGGGCCGGCAGUGCGGUGUGGUCCGAAGCGGACAUCUGGCAAGGGGACGGGGUUCUCGAAAAUAGCGAGUACCGGAUAGGUGGCGGAAUUGAAACGGGGCUCAAAACUGAAAAGGAGCGCAAAACCGGGUUUGCGCAGCGCAACGGAGAACUUCUGGACGAGUUCGGGCGUCCGCUGGCGGGUGAUCAGCUUUCUUUGGACGGUGCCAAGCCCGUCAACACUGCCGUCUCGGCGUCGAUCCUCGUGGGCGCGGCGCUCGGUAUCGUAGAGAGUCUGGUUCUCGGGUUAGGCGCAGUUCACAUUCUGGGUUUGUAUGGAGCGAACGCAGAAAUGAUGGGACCGGCGAGCAUGUAUUUGGCGUUACGGGCGGUAGGGGCGCCGGCGCUUGUCGUGAGUUUGGCCGUCUCGGGGGCGUUCCGCGGGUUCGGCGACACGAAGACGCCGCUGUACGCGCAGGUCGCCGGCAACGCCCUCAACGUUGCUCUAUUGCCCCUGUUCAUGUUCACCUGCGGCUGGGGCAUUGCCGGGGCCGCUGCCGCCACAGUCGCGUCCCAAUACGUCCAAAUGGCGAUCCUGCUGUUCUGCAUCUCGCGGCGCUGCCGGAUCAUCCCGCGCCGGUGGCAAGACCUUCGAUUCAAAAGGUUCCUCGGAGCAGGCGGGGUGCUUCUCGGGCGGACGCUCGCGAGCCUCUUUACCAUGUCGUUAGCGACGUCCAUGGCGGCGAGAACGGGAACGGCCAGCAUGGCAGCACACCAGAUUUGCAUACAGGUCUGGCUCGCGGCGUCGCUCCUGUCCGACUCGGUGGCUCUCGCGGGGCAGACCAUCCUGGCACGCGCGUUUGCGCAGGAUGACGUCACGCUGAUAGACACGGUCGCGAAGCGGAUCAUGAAGCUGGGGCUCGUCAUGGGCGGGGUCAUGGCCGCAGUGUUCCUCUUUGGGCAAUACGCUAUACCCUUGGCCUUCACGCAAGACCCCGCGGUCCUGGCGAUCAUCGCGUCCCUUCUCCCCUUCAUCGUGCUGACUCAGCCCGUCAACGCGCUCGCCUUUGUGUGGGACGGCCUGCACUACGGAGCGUCAGACUUCGUCUACAGCGCCCAGGUUAUGGUGCUCGCGGCGAUCCCUGCGAUGGCGGUGAUGUUCUUCACCCCCCAGUCCCUGGGCAUUAAAGGCGUCUGGAUAGGCCUCGCAGUGCUCAUGUCCGUACGAGCCCUGCUAGGAGUGGGAAGGUACGCCACCAAAAGCGGGCCUUGGGAAAAGCUGAAAGAGAUGGAGACGUAGCCCCGUAGUUGAGAUGGGGGAGUCUAACCUUUUCGCGGGAAGCCACGAGCGCCGCAGCAGGAAGGCGCUGCUUGAUUCACAAGAACCAAUGUACAUACUCAGAAGUCUACAAUUGAUCGAGAUCGCUAGCCACUCAGCAGGUUCAAUCCGUCCCAGGACACUUCUUGCAAACGAAUGUGGUUUUUGUCAAACGGGCGGGAAGACGAGACUUGCGCCGACUAUCUCUUCUCGUGUAGCAACGUAUUCGUUUCCUACUUGCCGUUGAUGAGCGAUGAUGCUCGCUACGAAUCGACCACAGGCUGGCUCCGUGUCGCAAGGUACAACUGCAGUACGUCAAACAGUACACAGCGCCAUGGUCAGCGCCGGGUCAUCUCAGCAAUACAGAAACCGUUGUCGUACUAUAUGCCAGAGUUAUAGC